GCAGCGCCCCGGCCAGCCCCGCCGCCGGGGGCCUUUCGAGCAGCGGAAGCGGCGGCGCGGCGCACGCGCAGUCUUUUCCGCUCGGGCCCCGCCGCCGCCGCCACGAUGUUGAUGCCCAAGAAGAACCGAAUCGCCAUCUAUGAGCUGCUGUUCAAGGAGGGGGUGAUGGUGGCCAAGAAGGACGUGCACAUGCCCAAACACCCCGAGCUCGUGGACAAGAAUGUGCCCAACCUGCACGUCAUGAAAGCCAUGCAGUCCCUCAAGUCCCGAGGGUACGUGAAGGAGCAGUUUGCCUGGAGACACUUCUACUGGUACCUGACCAACGAGGGCAUCCAGUACCUGCGGGAUUAUCUCCACCUGCCCCCUGAGAUUGUCCCGGCCACGCUGCGCCGGAGUCGCCCCGAGACCGGCAGGCCCCGGCCCAAAGGUCUGGAGGGCGAGCGCCCAGCGCGGCUCACGCGGGGUGAGGCUGACCGGGACACAUACCGCCGCAGCGCCGUGCCACCUGGUGCUGACAAGAAGGCUGAGGCUGGUGCUGGAGCAGCCACAGAAUUCCAGUUUAGAGGUGGAUUUGGUCGUGGACGUGGUCAGCCCCCACAGUAGAACUUCAUGUUUUGUGUAUAAUAAAAGAGGUGAAAAUGCCA